AGAUUGAUCGUCAACAUCUUUUUAACGAUAACUCAACUUGGAUUUUGCUGUGUUUAUGUUUUGUUCGUGGGACGAAACCUAGAACAAGUGAGAGUGAUCAAUUUUAUAUAAAGAAUAAGUGAAAGAAUAAAAUAAGUACAGAGAAAUACCAAGAAAGGUAGAACAAAUAUAUUAGAUAAGUAAAAAUUGUGGUUAUUUUGAACCCUACUGUCUGGAAAGGACUCCAACUAACCCGUGGCUCGAACUAGGUUAAGCACAUUCACACUUCAAAAGGUUAUGGUAAUCCUGGUUUAAUUUUGAAGCCAUUAAAGACGGCCACUAUGUAUGUACAGCCAGGGGCGUCGCCACGGGGGGAAUGGCAUUUGUAAAGCGACCACUAUUCGUAUAGCUCCAUGGGAGCCUGCCCCAUUCUUUCUUCUUCAAGACCAAUUUGUAAUUCUUUCUAAUCUGAGGAUAAAUCACAAAACGUGUCUUAAAUGUAUGAAAUAGAGUUCCUCAGACCCUAAAACUAGGAAAAUGUUCCAAAUAGACCAUUUUCAAAUUAUGCCGAUCUAGUUGUCAAGAACAGUAACACCAACAGUAAUUUGCUGUGGAAAAAUUACAGCUUUGUAUGAAACUUCGUUCUCAUGUUAUUGUCUACGGGCAUUCGACCGUAAUUCAGAAAUGGGGUAUUGAUUUUCUUGUUUAGUUUAGCUCAAAAACACUUUUUGAUAGUAUUUCCCGCUCCUUGUAACUAUAUCCAGUCGUUUGAUAGUGCACUUUCCUCGCGCGGCUCUCACAGUUAGCUCUAAUUUCACUUCAGACGUCAAUCAUAGGACUUGGUUUUUGGAUCAUUCCAUGUCAAUUCAUUAUAUUUUUUUCGAAUUUGUAACCCACCUCAAAACACCAUAAGUAGACAAUGGUAAGAAAUGACUGUAUACAAAAUUUGAAGUCAAUAUCUCAAGCAGUUUUUGAUUUACAGUUCAUUAAAAAUUGACUGAUUUAGGGUGUUUGACUGCUCCAAUUCCACUUCCGGAAUAACAGUUUAACCUCAGAAGCUCAUAAACGUUUUUAUGUAACUCCUGCUCCUAUUAUACAGUUCAUUAAAAAUUGACUGGUUUUAGGGUGUUUGACUGCUCCAAUUCCACUUCCGGAAUAACAGUUUAACCUCAGAAGCUCAUAAACGUUUUUAUGUAGCUCCUGCUCUUAUUACAAUUUUGCACUUAAAACGGUUUGGUGUCAAGGAAUCAGAAUGUUCAUAUUGCAACAGGGCAGUUGCACCCAUUAUUUUAGGCGAUAAACUAAUGUUCUGACUUUUGAGAAUUGUCUGGUAAACAGUUACAUGACCAUGAUGACCACGCAAACAGUUACAUGUAUAGAUAUAUAUUUUGAGAUAUUAACCUCAAAUUUUGUAUACAGUCAUUUCUUAAUAAUGUCCACUUGUGGUUAAAAAUUAAGCCAAAUCGCAAGAGGUGGGUUACAACCCUCUGAUGAAUAGACAUGGAAUGUCCCUAUUCAAUGUUUUGUUGAAGUGAGGUGUAUAUACUAUUAUAAUAGUUCUUUGGGUUAACAUGUUAAACAGUGAGAUUUUUUGUUUUAGAUUGUGGCAAAUCACUCGUCAUUUAAAGUUUCUAUAACGAUUUGGAUUCUAAUAGUUGUACCUUAUUUUGUCGCAUUCUCGUUCAUCAAAAACCUCGACACUUUAUCGUGGGUAUCGUUAAUCUCAAAUAUUUUACUGAUAUCGGGAGUUAUUUGCAUAUUUUACUAUAUAUUUGCAAAUAUGCAUAAUCCAUCAAGCCUUCCUUCAUUUGCUGGCAUCAAGAAGUUUCCUUUGUUUUUUGGAGUGGCUGUGUAUGCAUAUGAAGGGAUUGGACUGGUAAGAACAUGACUGUGUUUUUCUUCAUAAUGCUCUGCCUUUAGGUAGAAUACUAGCAUUAAACAAGCUUUAUAUUUUGACACAUGUACACUGGCAGUAGAGGUUUCCAUGGGGAAUAAGUACAUGUGAUAUACGAUUACAAUUAACAUUUCUAUAUAGCGCAAAUUUACAGUUGGAUAUGAUCAAAUGCGAUAUGAUAUGAUAUAAUGAUGAUAUGUACAUCAUGUAUUACGCUCACCUGAUUACAUACUUAGCCUAGACCAUUUUAAGCCCCGUUUACACGAGCAAUUUUUAUGUGACAAUUUUUAUUUGCUCGUGUAGACGAGGAAAAUUGGGCAAUUUUGUGUGGCAAAUGCAGUUGCUGAAAAGCUAGCGCGUUACGAAAAAUUGCUCGUGUAGAUUACUCGUCACAUAAAAUGUCAUAUUUUUUCUCCCGCCAUAUUUGUAAAAGUAUAAUUAGUGUCCGCGCCAUGUUUUAUUGCGCGAGAUACCACUGUUCAUAGAUAUUUUUUAAACAGGAAUCAACAAUUAUUUGUUGUCUCAUCUACACGACCAAAUACAUUUCUCACAUAAAAACAUGAAAAAUUGUCACAUAAAAAUUGGUCGUGUAAACGGGGCUUUAUGUUUACAAGAAUUGUGAUAUCACUUUAUUAACUGUGCUUAUCCUAACCCUCCCUGUCAACUUUCUCUGUUGGAGCCGGGAGGAAACCGGAGCACCCGGAGAAAACCCACGACUUUCGGCAGAGCGUCGACUAACUCUUUUCACAUGAGUCCGUGGUGAGAUUCGAACCCGCGAACUCAGCGGUGAAAGGCGCUCGCUCUUAUGACUAUACUAGCCCCUAACAUACAAGUAAAGCGUACUUUAAGCAACUGAUGUGUCUGAUUUACAAGGCAAGCCGUACGUAGCAAAUCAGAUACAGAUUCGAUGUGAAUGUUUUAUCUUGCUUAAGGAUACGACCAGUCGUAUACGAUUGUCAUCCUGGCGUAUGAAAAUGACUGCUGACGCUAGUAUUCAUGUUAAUCAGCUUAUGGAGAAAUUUGAAAUGUUACAUCUAUACUCUCAUUUAUUCAAGAAAUACGCCACGAUAAGAAUCGUAUACAACUAUAUAGUCGUAUCGUGUAGAUGGGCCUUUAAGGCCCGUUCAAACGUAGCCAACAUGUUUGUCCAACAUCGUCCUCCAACAUUUUUGGAUGCAACAUUGUUGACCACACACUAUUAUGUUGGCUGAUAUAUUUGUAUUGGAUUUUCGUCAUUAAUUAUUAAUGAGUACUGUAAUCACCAUUCAAAAAAACAAUUAAACUUGAUUCGCCGACUUUCGUUAUUUGGAGUGAAUUGCUGUAUCGUUGCAAAGCACUUAUUUGGAACCACUCUUCUCGAUCUAAACGAACUAAUGCAAUGUUGUCAUUAUAUUUGUUAUAUGUAUAUACAGAUACUUCCACUUGAAAAUGAAAUGAAGAAGCCAUCCGACUUCCCUUGGAUUGUUAACAUUAGUAUGGCAUUUGUUACAUUCCUGUAUGUUUCCAUGGGGUUGUUUGGUUACCUGAUGUGCACAGGCGAUUGUGAAGGCAGUAUCACACUAAAUCUUGGUGCUGGUGUGUAAGUGCCAUUAUUAGCUUGUACUACAGUAUUAAAUCAGCAUGAUUAUUGAGACCGCUUCUCUGGAGUUCAAAAGAAUGCCAUUUUACUGUAAACUUUCAACUCGCUUCUAGUCCUUUAGGAACCUCGACCCUAUGACGCCUGUACACUCAUUACUGUAGUAUUCAACAUCACUAUAGAUUCAAUCUUAGAAUUUAAUGAUAUAGUCUGAGGAAUCAGUCUUCUUUGGUGAAUCUAGCAGAAACUCCGGUAUUUUUAAGAUUUAAUUUCUCAUCUUGAAUACAUGGUAUUGUAUAUUUAUAUUUUGUAAAAUUGACUAUCAUCUUGGAGGCGGCAGCAGUGCAUGAUCGAAAUUAAUUUCGGGAGAAAAAAGAAUGACAACCAUUUUUCGAAUCGACCUAUAGUCUUGGACCAUUAAUUAGCCUAUAGUCAUAUAUUUUAUUAUGGCUUUACUGUUUGACAAUACGACAGUGAUUACUUAAACACAGCACCUUAAUAAAAUAUUCCUUUCUAUAUAUGUUGAGGCGAACACAUGACUUUAUCCUUUUGUGCAUGUGACGUGCAUUAUUUUUUGAAGCAUUGCUUGAGGUUCAACUUAUUUAACCAUCGCAUGAGAUUAUUAUAACAAGAUUUUAUCAGGGUAUCCAACUCACAAACAGUGAUUUUCAGUUGGGCGAUAUAAAAAUGCAUGUAUUAAAAGUGAAGAAUACAGUAUGUCGAACAAAGUAACAUAAAUAAGUAGUAAGUUUGCUGAUAAUAGCAAGUUUUAAAUUAUUAUAAUCUAUUAAUUCUUUAACUAACAAGUUAUCGAAAUCACUUUUCCAUUUUGAUUUUUCUCUAGGUUUCCGACUAUUAUCAAAUGUAUUGUAACAAUAGCAAUAUUCCUAUCCUAUUUUAUUCAAGUAUACGUUCCAUUGGAUAUUCUUGAACCUUGGUUUCUAAAACGUGUAUUCAAAGGUGAAACUCUUUUAAAAAGUUUCGUUUUCAGAGUUCUGGUAGUAAUUUUUACGGGUAAGUAAUUUCAUCUAAACAAAUGGCUGGUUGUAAGUGCCGCUUUAUCCACUGAGCUUCAUAUAUUUCUGGAGUGAGAAUUCGGAUCCAAAAAGUGAAGCGAAGAUCCAGUCCCUUUUCUUGAUUUCAUUUUAAAGGAAAUAAUACUACUAUGGUUAUAUAUGAACUGAUAACUUGUUUAGCGAUACGGUCUGUUAGAAAAACUGGAAUUAGACUUAUAUAAGACUGUAUACAACAUUACAACCUUCAUACUGUAUAGAUACAUGUAUUCAUGUACUGGACAUCAAUUUCCCCCAUAUAUUCACUUCACUUUUCUGAUAGGUCAAAUCAGUUCUUGCUCCAGAUACAUGUAUAUGUAGAGAGUUCACUGACUUUACCUUGUAGAUAAGAGAUAUUAUUCAGGUCGCUCCAUAUUUGACGCGUGUAGUAAGUUGUCUGUAAGUUUUGCUGCUAGCCAUAUGGCUAAUUUAUCUGAUGAGUGCCACAUCUUGUGGUACGAAACCAAAUAGUAAUAAAGAUGCCUAGUGGAAUUUGUUGAGUCGUUGUACUUCAAUUUAUUUAUUUAAUUUUGCUCUGGACAUCCAUUGGGCACUCUGCCAACAGUUUUUUUUUAUAAACGAAACCUAAUCUUUACAACUGACACCUUUAUUGAAUCAUUGCGAUAAAAAAUGACCAAAUACAAUCUGGUUUAAAGUGGUCGGUUGAAAUCGCAUUUUUCUGCAUUUAUAGGAUUUUUAAAAUGUUCUUCCAAUUUUCGAACAUUUGCCCAAAUGCCUGUUGCCCAUUUGGGAAACGUAUGGCAUUGCGAGUUCAGUAUGCAAACGUCAAGUAAAUGGAUAAACAUAUUAAUAUUUAUAAUAUAGCAUUUGUAAAUUCUGAACGCUGAUUGGCUAAGAGCCGUGUUGAUAUAACUCCGUGUCAACACGUAAAAUUUCUUUCUUUAUAUUUCUUUGUGCUAUAUUAUAAAAAAAUAUAAAACAUUUUCAAAAUUUUUGAAACAAUUUGAAAAAUUGGGAAAACUCGAAAUUGUGCGAAAACACUCCGCCCUUUGGGCGUCGUGUUCCCACACAAUUUCUCGUUUUCCCAAUUCCCACUCGUGUUGAUAUAACUAUAUCAACACGGGAAAUGUUUUAUAUUUGUUAAAUAAUGCACGAUAACAUGCCAAAGUUGGAUUACUUUUUUAAUACGCUCUGAAUAUCGCAUAAUUUGAUUUCCUUUUUAGCGUUUCUGGCGUCUAUCAUUCCGCAAUUGGACAAUUUUAUUUCCCUAGUGGGGGCGAUGAGCAGUUCUGCUUUAGCAUUAAUAUUUCCUCCGAUAUUUCACUCGUUGUCACUGCCUCGUGUUUCCAGGCUUGUUCACAUUAAGAACGUUGCUAUUGCUGUAUUUGGGAUCGUUGGAGGAAUAUUUGGAACAGUAAUGUCCAUCGAAAGCAUAGUUAGUAAUUAUUAGAUUAGUAAUUAUUUAGAUUACAGGUUUAGAUUCAUUUUAAAUCAUAUAGCCAUUCAGCUUUCCAACUGUUAGCUGCUUUUUAAAAUUGAUCAAUUGGUUCACGGAUAUUAUUUUAAACGAUUGCGAUUUGUAAAUCAAAAAUCAUAAGCGCAAUAACAAAUCGAUAUUUAAUGAAAAGCUGUGGAAAUAACUUAUUUUAUCAACAAAACGAAAAAUUUGAGGCAUUUUGGCACUAGCUUGACAAAACCAAGUCAUUACUGGUUUGCAUUCAAUAUUUUGAAUUCAUUUACUAACUUUAAAUGCGUUCUACAGUAUAAUGCGGAAUUAACGUUGUUUUAACAGUGGGCACAAACUUGUUAUUUCUGUUCACAUUACUCAUUUGACUGAUUUAGAAAACACGGUGCGAACUGAAGCAAUUCUUAAUGUUUCUCUCCCGAAACAAAGAAUUUCUUCAUGCAAAACUGAAUUGAAUAAUUUGUGAUACGAGGGGUAUCCUCAACAGCGUUGUCAUUCUGAAGGUCAGUACUCAUUUCCAGCCACCAAACUGACAUGUCAUCAUUGUCGAAAGAUGUAGUGGCUAUGUAACUAACCCAAACUCUACCCCUACUCCAACCCUAACCCUAACCCUAACCAAAUUAAUCAAGAAAAUCCAAAAAGAAUCAACUUUAAAAAUUGAGAAAAUUACGUAACAUCAGUUUGAUGGUUCUUGGAAACGAGUGCAUGCUUAAAGGCGGUUUUCCACCAGGCGAAAUUUUUCGACCGAGUCGAAAGUUCUUUUUGUUUCAUGAGCAUUCGAGCAGAACUAAUUGUAAAAAGACAAAGAGAAAUUUCGUUUCGGUCGAAAAAUUCCGCCUCGUGGAAAACCGCCUUAAAGCCUGUUUUCCACUAGCGAAUUUCUUCCCGGGAAUCUUUUGUCUUGUUUGCUCUCAGCUGGAACUAAUUAGACUUUUAAUAAAUUCUUUUCAAUUUUAACAAUAAAAAAUUCGCUUCGCGCGAAGAAAUUCGCUAGUGCAAAACCGGCUUAAAGGUCGAGACACACCGGACGCGAUUCGACAACGCGGCGCGAUUUUUCAGUUUUUGAAAGUUAAUAAAACAGCCAAUGAAAGGAAAUUUUAAAAGAUAUGCUUGUUGCCCUAAAUAUUUGAGAAACUUGCACACUGGACGCGAUUCGACAACGCGACGCGAUUUUUUAAUUUUUGAAAAUUUAAUAAAACAGCCAAUCAGAAAACAAAUUUUGAAAGAUAUGUGGACCAAAUAACUCAAAAUGAUAUACCGCUUGUAAAUAUUUGGAAAAUUUAAACUAGAAUUAAAGUUAUCGGUCUGUGCCAAUCGAAAAAUCGCGUCGCGUUGUCGAAUCGCGUCUGGUGUGUCUGGACCUUAAGGUCUUUUUUAUACGUCGAAUUUCGGUCGCGUCGAAUGCAAUUCAAACAGUAGAUAAUGAAGCAGAAUGAAGUUUAUAAUCUCAUUGUCUUAAUUGCAUUCGACGCGACCAAAAUUCGACGUAUAAAACGGGCCUUAAAGUCUUUUAUGAGUUUUUGGAAUGAAUUUAGGAGUAUGAAUUACGUUUUAACUUUUUAAAACGUUUUUUUAUAAAACGUUUUUAACGAGAACUCGUAUUACUUUUUCUGAUG